GUUCUGAUUUAUUUAUUUAUUUAUUUUUAGUUCUGUAAAUUACCUCUGAUUUAUUUAUUUAUUUAUUUUUGUUCUGUAAAAAAAAAACUAAAAACAACUGAACAAUCAUUCUUCAUCAGUAAAGAAAUUUUAUUGUUGUGAAUCAACAUCUGGGUAUGAUCUGAGCACCUUACUGUUGUAAAGCUCUUUAGAUGACCAAGUCAUUAUCUUAUUUAUUUAUUUAUUUAUUUAUUUCUUCAUUGAAUCACCUCUUAUUUAUUUUUUUCCUUCACUGAAUCACAUUCAUUUUGGGGCAUUAGUCUUCCACAUUGAAUCACCUCUUCCGUUUGCUCUGUUUCUCUUUUUUCUUUUCUUUUUUCUUCUUCAAUUUUGCUUCUUCUUCUUUGUUGCCUGCAAUGCUAUAAAUGAUAAUGCUACUGUUGUUUUAAUUAGCCCCUGGGAAUGGAAAUUAAAAACAUGAACUGUCUGUGUCUUGUGCCUUUUUACAAUUUGCCAAAUGUUUACAAUUUGUUGCAAUUGCAGGAAUGUCAGCCUCUGGCUCAGGAAGAGGGAGGAAGAGGAAAAAUGUUGCUGGUCUAAGAUCUGAUCCUAGUUAGGAACACGGCAUUGAAGUGGAUGCUGCAAGCAAAAAGAUGGUGCCUAUGGGACUUCAGAGAUCCAACAAGUUGAACAAACCAGCAAGGCAGAUUCAUCAAGGAAAGCAAAGGAAAUUGCAUCAAGAAAUGGAAUAACAAGGCCCCCACUUAAUUUCCUAGCGAUUUUGAAAGAUGCAAAUAUAUCAAUUGACAUGUCUUCCCCUGACAAGCUGUGUGAGCAGCUCUACUCCGGAGUAUACUUAAAGCCCAACAAACUGAAGUAUUUUGUCGACAAGAAGUCAAACAAGAACUGCUUUGUGCUAUUUGCAAGAGACCUUAAUAUCUGUUGGAAUGAUAAUCCUCAAUAUUGGAGAUGGAUCACAUUGAAGGAGGCAAGUGGUGAAGAGAUUGAAGUCGCUGAGCUAUUACAGGUAUCUUGGUUAGAUGUUAGAGGGCAAUUUAAUGGGGCAGUUGAUCUCUCACCAGGGAUAGUUUACGAAAUUGUUUUUGUCGUGAGGAUGAUCAAAUAUCAAGAUUUCUCAUUAAAACUUGCCAUCAUCCUUCCAAAUUCAAAAAAGUUAACACGCAAUGAAAGUCUAAAUGAAAAGCCUUUAGGAAGUUGGUUUGAUAUCUGGGUGAGUUUAAAAUGUCACCAGAAAACGAUGGAACAAUGGAAUUCUCUCUGGAGGAUCAUACUGAACUGUGGAAGAGUGGGAUUAUUGUGAAAUGUGCUAUCAUUCGACCGAAGGAGCCAGAGUAAAAUAUUUUACAGCAUUGCUAGGAAUAAAUUAGUUUAUUUAUUUAUUUAUUUUUGAUGUGUAGUUUAUUAGGUGUCAAUAUCUUUACUCAAUAUUUUAGGUACUUUGAACUGGAUGCUAAACUUUUCUAUAUCUAGGCAAGUGAUGUGUGACCGCCUGUGUAGUGUAA